GUUACAGCGCUGCUCUCCGAGGAGAGGCUGCCCGACGCCGCCGCCGCGGCUGCCCGCCGGACGACGCGACCGUUCGGGUGGAGCCAUGGGCGCCAAGUGCUCGAAGAAGCGGGAGCCGCCCUCCGCCGCCUACGAGCAGCGCUAUGACCAGGAGCUUGCACGCCUCCAGGCGGAGCGCAAGGCCAAGAGGUGGGCCAGGUACUGCUGCCCCUGCUGCUGCAACUGCUGUUGCUCAUCUUGUGACAAGCGCGCAGCGACGAAGGUCGCCGUCGAGCAGACGGAGACCGCGGCAAGAGCGAAGGAGGCGAUCCAGAAGUCCCUGGGCAAGAAGCGCCUGAGCGCCGUCGCGGCCUUCACGAAGAACCCGACCUUUAAUUCGAGAGGGAGUCUCGACGAAGCUGCUCUGGAGGAGCAACGUAGGUUGGAGGCCAAGAACAAAUUUAUAUCUCACGGGCGAAAGGGCAAAGUCACGAAUGGUCUCCACGUCGAAUUCAGCGCGGAUUUCAAGCCCCACGUGUCCGUUGGAAGGGCCCACGUCUCGACGCGGUCCGUGUCGGAAGAUGGUAGAAGGGACUGCUGGCGGUUCCUCGAGCCGGGCGUGGCGUGUCUGCGCGUCGAGGUCGUGCUGACACCAUCCACGGGCUUGGAGCUAAGAAUAGAAGAGUCGUGCUCGCCCGACGCUUUUGAUUGGACGCAGUGCGGUGUCGACGUGGUGUUCGACGGCACGAAGCUCUGUCUACAAAGGCGGCCAGCGUCGUAUGACAUGAGAUGGUGGACCUGUCCCCUGGAGAACGUGACGGGCCAGGCCCAGACGCUGCAAAUCACAUUAUGUGAGGAUUCGGCGCCCUGGAACUACUUACUGCAGUCGAUCGUCAUCGCCAGACCAGAAAAACCAAAACCGAUCCUACCAUCAACGGCAGACGUCGAGGAAACCCUCGCAACGUACAUGAAGGCGCCGAACCCCGCCCCGACGGACAUCGAAUCCAUACUAGACGGCGUGCCCAAGCCGCAAGUCGUGGAGCCCGUCGGCGUCGAGGAAAAGCGCAUCGCCGCGAAGAAACAAAAAGAAGAAGAAAGAAAACGGAAAAAAGCGAAGCUCGCCGCCAUGAAACGGAAAGAGAAACAACUGAGCGGCGAGCUGCCGCCGCCGUCCGCCGAGGAAUUGGAGAAGGAGCGCAAGCUGCGGGAGGCGCAGCUCGCGACGGCGCGGGAACGCGCGCAUGCUCACGCGCUUAAGGAAUAUAAAGAUGAAUUUGAGCGGGAGCUCGAAGCGAGGAAGAAGCGCGCCGACGAGGAGUUGGCGACGACGCCGCACAUGGUCGAGUUGGCUCAAAUGCGGAAGAAAUAUGGUUCUAUUGAUGAUGCUGUUGCUAGAAUAGAAGCGGGCGAGUCGCCGGUCGAUCCGCGCUUCCGGGAGACGCGGGCCCAGCGGAAGGCUAGGGAGGACGCCGAGAGGGAGCGCAAGAAGAAUUUACCCGACCCGUUCCGCGAGUUUGUCGAGGAGGGCGACCCGUACUACGAGUACCUCGCCCGCGAGGAGAAGUACCGACAGCAGGGGAAGCGCCCCGGGGACGUCCUGGACUAAGUG